CUUGUUGGACUGUUGUAAUACACAGACCACACCCAUGGCUCGCCUCUUGCCUUUACUGGCUCUCGCACUUUACGUGCUGAGCUUUAGUGAAGCCGUCCUUGUGAGAAAAAAUGUUGACAGUCUGAGCAGUGAAGACAUCCUAAACCUCCAGAAAUCUCUGAGAGCAGUUGCUGACGACACUUCUGAUAAAGGCUAUGCUGCGAUAGCUGCAUAUCACGGUUACCCAACUCAGUGUAAACACGGCGACAAAGAUGUGGCUUGCUGCAUCCACGGUAUGGCUGUGUUCCCACAAUGGCACAGACUCUACGUGGUGCAGAUGGAGCAAGCGCUCAAAGAGAAAGGUCUCAGUAUUGGUAUUCCAUAUUGGGACUGGACUAAACCAUUGAGCGCUCUCCCUGACCUCGUCAGUCAGCAAGUGUUCAUUGACAGUGAUGGCGGCAAAGCCAAGAAGAAUGUCUGGUACCAAGGAGAUAUCACAGUUGAUGGCGUUGUUAAACACACCGCCAGAGCUGUUGAUGACAGACUUUUUCAGAAGGUUGAUGCUGGUGAGCACACCGAUCUCUUUGAGCACGUGAUAGACGCCCUCCAAUACCCCAACUACUGCCAGUUUGAGGUCCAGUUUGAGGUGGCUCACAACACCAUUCACUACCUAGUGGGAGGCCGUAACAAAUACUCCAUGUCCCACCUCGAGUACACUUCAUAUGAUCCCAUCUUUUUCCUACACCACUCUAACGUAGAUAAAAUCUACGCCAUCUACGAGGCAUUGCAAAAAGAGAGGGGUUAUACUCCAGGCCCAGGCUGCACAGGAAAAUGCGAACUUUGCGACAUCAAACUGUUUGAAGAGCCAAUGGAGCCAUUCAGCAGGGACUCAAAUCCUUUCGCCAUUACCAAACAAAACUCUAAACCUAGAGAGGCCACAGACUUCUCCACUUUCAGCUACAAAUACGAUAAUCUGACUCUUAACGGCUAUGACCUAGCUGGCAUCAAGAAGCUGAUUAAAGAGAAGUGGUCACAUGAUCACGCCUACGCUACAUUCCGUCUUCAUGGUAUUGAAACAUCCGCUAAUGUCCGUGUUGAGGUUUGUGUCCCCGCUAAAGACGCCGUCUCUGAGCCCCACUGCGAGUUUGCCGGUGACUUCUUCGUACUAGGAGGACCAACUGAGAUGCCCUGGGCUUUCUCUAGACCUUACUACUUUGAUGUGACCAAGACCGUGGAGAAACUCGGUGUCCCACUUGACAGCAACUACCGCAUCAAGGCCCAGCUCUUUAGCGUUAACGGAACCCAAUUGUCUUCCAGUCUCCUCCCUCACCCCUAUGUGUCUUACAGACCAGCUAAGGGACGCACUGAUCCUGCCAUCGCCCACAACGAGGUGAACCACGAACACGAGUACCACGACGAUGUUGCAGUACGUAAAGACGUCGACCGUCUGACAAGGGAAGAAGUUUAUGAACUCAGACAAGCACUUGCUAGAUUCCAGAACGACUCCAGUGUUGACGGCUAUCAAGCUAUCGCCGAGUUCCAUGGUGACCCAGGCAAAUGCCCCACACCAACCUCUAAAGUCAGACAGGCCUGCUGUAUUCAUGGUAUGCCAACAUUCCCACACUGGCACAGACUUCUAGUCGUUCAGGUUGAAGACGCUCUUCGCCGUAGAGGUUCUCACAUUGGUAUUCCAUACUGGGACUGGACAAAACCCGGAACUUCAAUUCCAGCAUUGGCUGCUGAUCAUGAUUACCUUGAUCCUAAGGGCGUGUCCCAUCACAACCCCUUCCAUCACGCCCCCAUUGCUUUCCUCGGAGCUGAUGCCAAGACUGGCCGUGACGUGGACAACUCACUCAGUCAGCAACCCAAACUAGGAGACCACACUGAGCUCUUUGACGCCUUCCUUUUGGCUCUAGAGCAGGACAACUUCUGUGACUUUGAGAUUCAGUUUGAAGUUGCCCACAACUUGAUCCACGCCCUUGUUGGUGGCAAAAACCCCCACAGCUUGGCCACACUUUCAUACAGCGCAUUUGAUCCAAUUUUCUACCUGCAUCACAGCAAUGUGGACAGAAUCUGGGCCAUCUGGACAGCUCUUCAGGAGCUGAGAGGCAAACCUUACAAAGCUCACUGUGCUCAGUCCUACACAUACGAGCCAUUGAAACCAUUCGCCUUCGCCUCUCCAUACAACAACAACGAGAAAACAUCUAGCCACGCUGUCCCUCGCAAUGUGUACGACUACGAGACUGAGCUUAAAUACGCAUACGACCAACUUGAGUUUGGUGGCAUGAGCAUUCGUCAGCUUAAUGAUUACAUAAUCAAUAACCAGAAAGCUAAAUCAAGAACUUUCGCUGGCAUUCUUCUUCAUGGAUUUAAAAAAUCAGCAAUGGCCCGCAUCUACGUGACUGCACCAGGCAAAGACAAAUACUUAGCCGGUCGUUUUGCUGUAUUGGGUGGACCUUCAGAGAUGCCAUGGAGAUUCGACCGUCUUUACAGACAUGAAAUUACUGAUGCUCUUGAAGAUCUCAACCUGCAUUGGGCUCAGCCUUUUGAUGUAACUGUUGAAUUCGAAACUUUUGAUGGCUCUGCCCUAGAAGGAGUUGAGUUCCCACGCAUCCAACUCAUCUACAAAGCCAAAGAACAGGCUAAAGAAGAAACCCCCGAUACUCUCAGGAUUCGUAAAAACGUGGACACAUUGACAGCCUCUGAAGUCUCUGAACUACGUCAUGCCAUGGCCAACCUACAGGGAGACAACAGUGCAGGCGGUUACCAGGAUCUUGGAAGAUUCCACGGAACACCCAAAUGGUGCCCAUCUCCAGACGCUGAGGUUAAGAAAUCAUGUUGUCUUCACGGAAUGCCAACCUUCCCACACUGGCAUAGGCUCUGGACUGUGCAAGCAGAAAAUGCACUUCGUCGUCAUGGUUACCAUGGUGCUAUUCCUUAUUGGGACUGGACACAGCCCAUCUCAGAGCUUCCCGAUCUCGUUAGCAGUGCUGAAUAUGCUGAUAACGAUGGAGCAAACGUCAAGAACCCUUUCUUCAGUGCUCAUAUUGACGAUGCAAACCAUGAUACAACCAGAGCAGUAAGAAAAGACCUUUUCCAGCAACCCGCUUUUGGCGAAUACACUGAUAUUGCUAAACAGGUUCUCCUAGCUCUAGAGCAAGAAGAUUUCUGUACUUUUGAAGUUCAGUUUGAGAUCGCCCACAACUUUAUUCACGCUCUUGUUGGAGGUCAAGAACCUUACUCUCUGGCUUCCCUGAUGUACACCGCAUUUGAUCCACUCUUUUAUCUGCAUCAUUCCAACACUGACAGAAUCUGGGCUAUCUGGCAGGCACUCCAAAAAUACCGCGGCAAACCAUACAACACCGCUAACUGUGCUAUUGGACAGCUGAGAAAACCCUUGUCUCCAUUUAGUUUGACCUCUGACAUCAACCCUGAUGCCGACACCCGUGAACAUGCCGUUCCUUUCCAGGUAUUCGACUAUCGUAACAACUUCCAUUACGAGUACGACAAUCUUGAAUUUAACGGUCUGAGCAUUCCCCAACUUGCCAAACAACUUGAAGAGAUCAAAGGCAAAGAUCGCGUCUUCGCCGGCUUUAUGCUUCAUGGACUUAAACAAUCAGCUCUGGUUACAUUCUCCAUCUGCAAAGCUGCAGACGAUUGCAAGGAAGCUGGUGAGUUCUACAUUCUCGGAGAUAUAAAUGAAAUGGAAUGGAAUUACGAUCGUCUCUACAAGUAUGAGAUCACACAUCAACUUGAGGAGCAAAACAUUCACUACAACGAUCGUUAUGACAUUACUGUUAAAGUUCAGGCCCUAGAUGGCAGCGACAUUACAGAAGCAGCAAAUAUCCCACCACCAACUGUCCUGUUUGAACUUGGAACUAGCAACCUCUACGGCAAAGAAUACCGUCCAUCUGUUACAACUAUCUCCAAUAUCCGUCGUAAUCUUAACGACCUCAGUGAGGGAGAAGUUGAGAGUCUGAGGUCAGCUUUCCUGUCCAUCCAACAAGAUGGAACUUAUGGAGACAUUGCAGCUUUCCAUGGCAAACCUGGACUGUGUGAACAUGAUGGCCAUAAAAUUGCAUGCUGCGUCCAUGGUAUGCCAACCUUCCCAGCCUGGCACAGAUUGUAUGUUGAACAGGUCGAGGAAGCUUUGUUAAGCCGUGGGUCAUCUGUUGCUGUUCCAUACUGGGACUGGACUUCACCAUUCCAAAAACUACCUUCACUUAUAAGCAAGGCGACUUACUACAAUUCUCGUCAGCAAAGAUUUGAUCCCAAUCCAUUCUUCAGCGGAAAAAUCAAAGGAGAAGACGCAGUGACCACUAGAGAUCCACAACCAGAGCUGUUUGACAACAGUGAACUUUAUGAAGAAGUUCUAUUUGCCUUAGAGCAAGACAAUUUCUGUGACUUUGAAAUCCAAUUUGAACUUGUCCACAACGCUCUCCACUCUCUACUCGGUGGCCGUGCACAGUACUCACUCUCUUCACUGGACUACUCAGCUUUUGACCCGGUCUUCUUCCUGCACCACGCCAACACUGACAGAAUCUGGGCCAUCUGGCAAGAGCUCCAACGCUACAGAGGUUUGUUGUACAACGAGGCUGACUGUGCCAUCAACCUCAUGAGGAAACCACUGCAACCCUUCAAUGAUGGUGGACUAAACCACGGAGACUACACUCAUAGAUACAGUCGCCCUGCCGAUACAUUUGACUACCGCAACCACUUCCACUACGAGUACGACAACUUGGAGUUCAACCACAUGACCAUUCCACAACUGGAGGCUUUGUUGAAGAAACGUAAACAAAAUGGCCGCGUAUUUGCUGGCUUCUUGCUUCAUAACAUCGGUCUGUCUGCUGAAGUUGAUAUCUAUGUUUGUGUUCCUGCUGGACCCAGAGGAAAGAAGAGCUGCGACCACAAGGCCGGAUCAUUCUACAUCCUUGGUGGUGAAUUAGAGAUGCCUUUUGUCUUUGACCGCCUGUACAAACAUGACAUAACUCAUACAAUCAGAGAUUUAGGUCUUAAGUUGGACAGUGCUGCAAACUUUGAACUCAAGAUUGACAUUAAGGCAGUUAAUGGCAGUCUGUUAAGUGCCGACAUUCUACCUACACCCACCAUUCAAUUUGUUCCUGGAACAACCGAAGUUCAGAAACCAUCUGGUGAGGUCUCCAGCUAUUUAGUAAGAAAGGAAAUCAACUCCCUCAGCCCUCGUGAAACAUUUUCUCUGUACAAGGCUAUGGAGUCUCUUCAGGCUGAUAGCUCUGCUGACGGCUGGCAAUCAAUUGCAGCAUUCCACGCUAUCCCACCUCUUUGUCCACAUCCAAGUGCAAGCAAGAGAUACGCUUGCUGUCUUCAUGGUAUGGCCACAUUCCCACAAUGGCAUCGUCUCUACACUUUCCAAGUUGAGGACGCUCUACGUCGUCAUGGUUCUCUUGUUGGUAUUCCAUACUGGGACUGGUCUCGUCUAUCCUCAUCCCUGCCACAUCUUAUUGAUGACGAAAGCUACAUAGAUCCCAAUUCCGGUGAAACUGUCGCCAACCCAUGGAAGAAAGCCAAGAUUGCUUUUGAGAACUCUGAAACUGAAAGAGACGUUGUUAGUGACAAACUCUUCAAACGUGGACCUCACGGAUGGGACACAUGGCUCUUUAACCAAGCCCUCUUUGCCCUUGAACAAGAAGAUUACUGCAACUUUGAGAUUCAGUUUGAGAUUACCCACAACGCCAUCCACUCUUGGCUCGGAGGAUCCAAAGAACAUUCUCUUGGCCAUCUUCACUAUGCUUCAUACGACCCUGCUUUCUUUGUACAUCACUCAAACACUGACAGACUAUGGGCUGUUUGGCAAGCUCUACAAAAAUACAGAGGUCACGAUCCUAAUGAAGCCAACUGUGCCCUUGAGCAGAUGAAAGAGCCACUGAAGCCCUUUAGCUUUGGAGCACCAUACAAUCUGAACCCCAAGACAAAGGAAUAUUCACGCCCUGAAGAUACAUUCCAAUACGAAGAUCAUUUCCACUACAAAUACGACAACUUGGAGUUUGUUGGUCUCAACAUUCCACAGCUGGAUGCCUACAUCAAGGAAAGACACGAACACGAUAGAGUUUUUGCUGGAUUCUUAUUGAAAGGAUUUGGUUCAUCUGCAUUUGUCGAAUUCAACAUUUGCCCUAAGGAUGGAAACUGUUUCGAAGGAGGCUACUUUACAGUUCUUGGUGGAUCAGCAGAGAUGCCUUGGCAGUUUGACAGACUCUUCAAAUAUGAAAUCACUGACCAGCUACAAGAACACUCAAUUCGCUUUGAUGAUGAAUACAGUUUUGAGGUCCACAUCAAGUCUCCAAAUGGCACAGAACUAAGCAGUAGUCUAUUGGCAACACCAAGUGUCAUCUUCGAUCCCGCUAACCAUGAUCUUGACUUGGAAAAAGUGACACACAACUUCGUCCGCCGUGACCUGAACAGUUUAACCGAGCGUGAUGUCCAAAGCUUGAAGGCUGCCCUUCGUGACUUACAGCUGGACACAACCAACGAUGGCUGGGCCAGUCUUGCCUCAAUGCACGGUGCCCCAGCUCGCUGUAAAGAUGAUGCCGGCAAAGACGUUGCUUGCUGUAUUCACGGCAUGCCAACCUUCCCCCACUGGCACAGACUUUUCACAUUGCAGGUUGAGCAAGCUCUACAGAGACACGGAAGUGCCAUUGCUAUUCCAUAUUGGGACUGGACUAAACCAAUCAAGGCUUUACCAGAAAUUUUCACUGAUGAAGAUUACUACGAUAUUUGGAGAGAUGAGGUCGUCCCUAACCCAUUUGCUCGCGGCUAUGUACCAUCUGAGGAAGUUUACACCGUUCGUGACGUCAGACAAGAACUGUUCAAGACAUCCAAGGAUGGAUCUCAUUCUGAUCUCUUUGAUCUUGUUCUCUCAGCACUAGAGCAGACCAACUUCUGUGACUUUGAGGUCCAAUUUGAAGUAAUGCACAACGCCAUCCACUACCUAGUCGGAGGUCAUCAGACAUAUUCUCUGUCAUCACUUGAGUAUUCAGCCUACGAUCCUAUCUUCUUCAUCCAUCACGCCUUUGUUGAUAAAAUCUGGGUCGUAUGGCAAGAACUACAGCAGAGAAGACAUCUGCCCAGCAACCGUGCUGAUUGUGCACUGAACUACAUGAACGAGCCAAUGAAACCAUUUAACAUCGAGGGCUUCAAUAUAAACUCAUUCACAAAGAAACACGCUGUCCCCAACACCGUCUUUAACCACGAACAUCUUGGCUAUCAAUACGACAAUCUUGAAAUUGGUGGCUACAACAUUGAACAACUUGAGGCCCUUAUUGCUCAACGUCAAAGCCGUCCAAGAGUAUUUGCAGGUUUCCUUCUGAAGGGAGUGAAGACUUCAGGAUCAGUGGUCCUACAGAUCUGCAAUUCUAGAAAACAGUGCUCAUAUGCUGGACGCUUUAACCUCCUUGGUGGACCAACUGAGAUGGAAUGGGCAUUCGAUCGUCUGUACAAGAAAGAUAUUACAUGGGCUCUUGAAGAGGCUGGCAUUUCACCUGAAUCUGUUUUUGAUGCUGAGAAUGCUUUCACUCUGGAUGUUAAAGUCUACAAUGUCGAUGGAGAAUCAAUUAACGUUAAGAGCGUGUUCCCAACCCCAAGCCUCAUCUUCGAUCCUGCACAUGGUGCCGCUGAAGAUGUUGUAUCCACAUCAAUUGCUGGAGUUGGUGUUCGUAAAGACGUCUCAACCCUUUCAGUGUCUGAAACAGAAAACCUGAGAAACGCUUUGAGAAAGGUUCAAGCUGACAAUGGUCCCAACGGGUUCCAGAAUAUUGCCAGCUUCCACGGAAGCCCAGCCAGGUGCGAACAUAAUGGACAUUCUAUUGCUUGCUGUCUCCAUGGUAUGGCCAACUUCCCUCAAUGGCACAGACUCUACGUUAAGCAAUGGGAAGAUGCUCUAACUGCUCAGGGAGCCAUGAUUGGUAUUCCAUACUGGGACUGGACCACUGCCUUUACUGCUCUUCCAACCCUUGUGACAGAAGAAGAAAAUAAUCCUUUCCAUCAUGGUAAAAUCUACAAUGGAGAAAUUACAACAAGAGCACCCAGAGAACAACUUUUCAAUGACCCUGAAUUUGGAUCUGAAUCUUUCUUCUAUAGACAAACACUUCUAGCCUUUGAGCAAACUGAUUAUUGCGAUUUUGAGGUCCAAUUUGAGAUCAACCAUAACGCCAUUCACUCCUGGACUGGAGGUGUCUCCCCUUACGGCAUGUCUACACUUGAGUACACUGCCUAUGAUCCUCUCUUCCUGCUCCAUCACUCAAACGUUGACAGGCAAUUCGCUAUCUGGCAAGCUCUCCAGAAGUUCAGAGGACUUCCUUACAACAGCGCCAACUGUGCCAUCCAACACUUGCGUCAGCCAAUGAAACCAUUCAGUGAGGAAUCAAAUAUUAACCCAACUACCCGUGCCAACUCUCGCGGUAUUGAUGCGUUUGAUUACGAUAGACUGAACUACCAAUACGACAACCUGAACUUCCAUGGACUGACCAUCUCCGAGCUUAACGACGUUCUCGAGAGACGCAAGGAAGAAGAUCGCAUCUUUGCUGAGUUCCUUCUACGUGGAUUUGCCUUGAGUGCUGAUGUCACAUUCAGACUGGUCGACGAUAAGGGUCACAGUGAAUUCGCUGGUACUUUUGCUGUUCUGGGUGGGCCACUUGAAAUGCCAUGGGCUUUUGACAGACUUUUUAAAUAUGACGUCACCAAUGUGUUCAACAAACUGAACCUCAGACCAGAUUCAAACUACCACUUUGAGGUUGAGAUUAAAGCAAUUAACGGCACCAUCUUAGACUCCAAUCUAAUUAGGUCCCCAAGUGUGCAGUUUGUUCCCGGCACAAAGAAAUUCUACGAAAAGAUUGCCGAGAAAACCGCCAAGCGCGACGACAAGCUGGUCAGAAAGAACAUUAACCAACUAACACUUGAUGAAGCCGCUAACCUGAGAAACGCCUUGAACAAAUUCCAACAAGACCAGAGCGAUGAAGGCUACGAAGCCACUGCCGGAUUCCAUGGUGCUCCAUUCAAAUGUCCAGCCGAUGGUGACGACAAAUUCGCUUGCUGCGUGCACGGUAUGCCUGUCUUCCCACACUGGCACAGGUUGUUCACUGUUCAAGUGGAACAGAGUCUGAAGAAAAAUGGCGCCCUUGUUGGUGUUCCAUACUGGGACUGGACUGCUCCAGUACAAUCUCUUCCAUCUCUCUUUGGAGACAGCUCUGACUUUAACCCAUUCUAUUCCUUCCAAAUCGCCUCUGCUAAUCACAAGACUACCCGUGACGUCCAGCAAGACCUCUACUCUAACCGUAAAGUCAAUGGCUACCAUUACCUAUUCUACCUGGCACUAAACACCCUCGAGGAAGACAACUACUGCGACUUUGAAGUCCAAUUUGAAGUUCUUCACAACGAGAUCCACGCUACCAUUGGUGGUAGUGGUCAGUACUCAAUGGCCACAUUGGACUACUCAGCCUUUGAUCCAUUCUUCAUGAUCCACCACUCUAGCAUUGACAGAAUCUGGGUUAUCUGGCAGGAACUCCAAAAACUCCGUCGCAAACCAUUUAACUCUGCCCGCUGUGCUGGACACAUCAUGGAGAGACCUCUACAGCCUUUCAGCUACCCAGAGGUCAACCACAACGAGUUUACUCGCCUCAACUCUGUACCUAAUCUUGUUUUUGAUUCAGAGAGAUUCGGAUACCAGUAUGACAACCUUGAACUGAACGGCCACAGUGUUGAAGAAAUUAACAAUAUCAUCAAUGAUCUGCACCACCAAAACAGAUACUUUAUUGGUGUUGUCAUCUAUGGUCAACAGAAAAGUCUGACUUUGGACAUUUCCCUGGUGGGCGCGUCUGAUGAAGCUACUUUUGCCGGUCAACUGCACGUGCUUGGAGGUGAGAAAGAAAUGCCAUGGGCCUACGAGAGACUCAUGAAAUUGGAUGUUACCGAUGCCUUCAAGAAAUCAGGAAUCGACCCAGACCAUGCCGUUAAGGCUAAAGUGGUAUCUACUGAAUACUCUGGUGCAUCACUUGGUGAAACUACCGACUACGUGUUUAUUGUUGAAAGAUUGGCCAACACUGACUACGAUGUUGUAGAGAUCCCAGUUGGUAAAGACCACAGCCUACCACCAAAGAUUGUAUUGAAGAAGGGCACCCGUGUUAAGUUUGUCCCCAUCUCUGCUGACUACGUGACGCCCAUGGAAGACCUCGGCAGCUACACCAGCUACUACAGGUGCACCGUGCCACCAUUCUCCUACCAAAGCUACGCUUUAGACAAGAUCCACACUCUGCAGCCUGGCGACCAUUUCUUCGUGCCUGCAGACAAGUCUCUCUGUGGUGAAGGCAAGAGGAUCCAAGUCACCGUUGAAGAUGAAUAGGUCACUCGUAUUUGGACCUAAUACCGAUGGCACUAUAAAAAGUAUUAUUGUUUUAAUUGUGUUUGUCAUGUCUGUUUUCCUAUGGAUCAUAUACAAUGUAACUAUUUUCUCUAUUGCUCAAUUUUGUUUUCAAAUAGCAAAAAUUCAAUAUUCAUUUUAAAGCAAACUCAAUGAAAAUUUGUCAAUGAUCCCCAGUUAAGAUACAUAAACACUGUUGUUUUUUUUUUGGUGCAAUUAUUGUGCAUUACAAAAAAUGUCACUUUUUUGGAGUGGUUGUGUCAUAGUUUUGAGAUUGAAGGGUACGAAUCUCUCUGCGUGUGUUACCUCAUAUCUCUAUUGACCUCAUGUUCUUAGUGCCUAGAAUUGAAUAAAAUGUUUUAAAGUUCAAA